AUGCCCACCCUCCAAACCAGCACCCUCGCCUUCCUCGGCGGCGGCAACAUGGCCUCGGCCAUCAUCUCGGGACUACUCCGCCAAUCCGUCCCCGCGAGCAACAUCCACGUCUCCGAGCCCUGGGAAGUGAACCGGAACAAGAUCGCCGCGCUAGGCGUGAACGUCACGACCUCUAACACCGAGGCCGCGUCCUCUGCGGACGUCGUCAUUCUGGCCGUGAAGCCGCAAGUCGCGAAGACGGUGUGCGAGGAACUCCGUCAGGAAUGGACGGCUACAGCGAGAGCCAAGUUCCCGAUUGUGGUGAGCAUUGCGGCGGGAAUUACGUUGGAGAGUUUGCAGAAGUGGUUGAGUGUUGAGGGUGGGAAGGUGGCGCCGGUGGUGAGGGUUAUGCCGAAUACGCCGGCGUUGGUGACGGAGGGGGCGAGUGGUGCGUUUGCUGGAGUGGAGGUUGGCAAGGAGGAUAAGGGGUUGGUGGAGGCGUUGUUGGCGAGUGUUAGUCGGGUUACGGAGUGGGUGGAUAGGGAGGAGUUGUUGGAUGUGGUUACGGGGUUGUCUGGAUCCGGUCCGGCGUAUUUCUUCGCUAUGGUUGAGCAUCUGGUUGCUAGUGCGACGGCUCUGGGUUUGACUAAGGAGCAGGCUACGAGGCUGGCCGCGCAGACUUGUCUCGGUGCUGGAAAGAUGCUGGUUGAGUCGGAUGAUGAGCCUGCUCAGCUGAGGAAGAACGUUACUAGCCCGAAUGGCACGACGUAUGCCGCAUUGCAGACUUUUGAGAAGCUGAACUUUGCGGAUAUCGUGGAUCAGGCGGUUAAGGCGGCCACGGAUAGAGCUGCGGAGUUGGGUGAGAGCUUGGGGAAGCAGUAA